UUGGACGCCUUAGCUGCUUAAAAGACCGUCUUUGCCGCCCUGUCCUUGUUUGUGCGUUUUAAUCAGCUAUUGGAAAAUAACAGGUAUCUUUCUCCGUCCCCCCUCCGGUUCCCAAAGACACCCAGGAAGGCACGGACAAAUCAAGCCCGUCUGGUUCGGUGUGUGUGUGUGUGUGUGUGUGGUGGGGAGAGGGGCGCUACCUUCCUGACCGAAGCAGAAGAACAACUGCUGCCGCUGCUGGCCACGAGCCGCCGAGCUGAACCGAAACGUGUCCGCGGAGAGAGUCACCGCAGUGGGCUGGGUGUUGAUGUGAGACAGGCUGCUUUAAUGGGGCUUCUGUCAGCCCGCCUGCCCGCCCUCUGAGCCCCGAUUCAUGCCUGGAUUCAGACCCAUAAAAGAGCCAUCUGUGGAUAUGGAAUGGUGCAUUCUGCAGGGCCAAGUUUUCAGCCUCUGAAAAACACCGGAAUCAUGGACAGUCAUCCGCUGUGUACUAGGCUGUGUCCACACUCUCUGGAUAAGGAGGAUGGAGUGGAGAGGCAGGGCCCCGUCACCCUGAACCCUCGGCACAUGAGGAAGGCCUUUAAGGUCAUGAACGAGCUGCGCAGCCAGAGCCUGUUGUGUGAUGUGACUAUAGUUGCAGAGGAUGUAGAGAUUGCUGCUCACAGGGUGGUUCUGGCUGCCGGGAGCCCUUAUUUCCACGCCAUGUUUACAGGAGAGAUGACGGAGAGCAGAGCGAAACGAGUGAGGAUAAAGGAGAUGGGCGGCUGGACUCUGGGCCUGCUGGUGGACUACAUCUACACAGCAGAGAUUCAGGUCACCGAGGACAACGUCCAGGUAACCAAGCACUCCGUGGCUCUGCUGCCUGCAGCGGGACUGCUGCAGCUCAGCGAGGUGAAGAAGGCCUGCUGCGAGUUCCUGGGCUCCCAGCUCCACCCGUCCAACUGCCUGGGGAUCAGAGCCUUCGCCGACCUACAUGCCUGCUCCCAGCUUCUGUCUCUGGCUAACAGCUACGCAGAGCAUAAUUUCACGGAGGUGGUGGGGAGUGAGGAGUUUCUGAACCUGGGCAUGGAGCAGGUGUCCAGCCUGAUCGCCAGUGACAAGCUCACCAUCCCGUCAGAGGAGAAGGUGUUUGAAGCAGUGAUCGCUUGGGUCAACCAUGACAAAGAUGUCCGACAGGAACACCUGGCCCACCUGAUGGAGCAUGUCCGUCUGCCGCUGCUCUCCAGAGAAUACCUGGUGCAGCGUGUCGAGGAAGAGUUCUUGAUAAAGAACAGCAGUGCCUGCAAAGACUACCUGAUCGAGGCCAUGAAGUACCACCUGUUGCCAGCCGACCAGCGAGCUCUGAUGAAGACCGCUCGAACCCGGAUGAGAACGCCGGUCUCCUGCCCUAAGGUGAUGGUGGUGGUUGGAGGUCAGGCGCCGAAGGCCAUCCGAAGUGUUGAGUGUUUCGACUUUGAGGAGCAGCGAUGGUACCAAGUGGCUGAACUUCCUACUAGAAGAUGCAGAGCAGGUGUGGUAUACACGGGGGGGUCUGUGUAUGCCGUUGGUGGUUUCAACGGCUCUUUGAGAGUGCGGACGGUGGACUGCUACGAACCGGUGAUGGACCGCUGGACGAGCGUGAGCAGCAUGCAGGACCGCAGGUCGACGCUUGGCGCCGCUGUGCUCAACGGACUCCUGUAUGCCGUAGGGGGCUUCGACGGCAGCAGAGGUCUUUCCACAGUUGAGGCCUACAACGCCAAGACUGACGAGUGGUUCCACGUGUUGCCCAUGAGCACCCGGCGCAGCAGCGUAGGAGUCGGUGUUGUCAAUGGGAUCCUGUAUGCUGUGGGAGGUUAUGACGGAGCCACCAGGCAGUGCUUGAGUACAGUGGAAGCUUACAAUCCUAAAAGCAACGCGUGGAGCUACAUAGCAGAGAUGGGCACGAGACGCAGUGGAGCAGGUGUGGGUGUGUUAAAAGGUUUGCUGUACGCUGUGGGGGGGCAUGACGGUCCGUUGGUGAGGAAGAGCUGUGAAGUUUACGAUCCAGCCACCAACAGCUGGCGGCAGGUAGCCGACAUGAACAUGUGUCGACGGAACGCAGGAGUGUGUGCCGUAAACAACCUGCUGUACGUGGUGGGAGGCGACGACGGCAGCUGCAACUUGGCCUCGGUGGAGUUCUACAACCCAACCACUGACAAGUGGACGCUAUUGCCAACCUGCAUGAGCACAGGCCGCAGUUAUGCAGGUGUGACGGUGAUCGACAAGCCCUUAUGACUGCUCCUGACUCCUGCCUCUGAUUAAAAAGCGGAACGCGUUCUGCUGAACACCGAUCUUGGAUCUGCCUUCGAUGCCAAUGCGGAGAUGGGCAGCAUUAGCACAGCCACCGACGAAGAUGUUGAUGCUGGGAAUGAUGAAGGUUCUUGCACUUACAUUGGGAGGCGCCGCAGCGGACAAGAGGCGUCGAACCUGCGUUUAUUUUGGCUCCCGGCGGGACUGCGGCAGCGGAGGAUACAGUCGGGUUGGAAGCACCACCUGGAUCACUGCAGUGCCAUCGAAACGCUACUGAUAUGAAGCUGCUAUGACUGCAAAGUUACUUUAACACUAGUUAAUUUUAACACAAACCAGAUGAGAGAGAGAGAGCGAGAGAGGGAGAGAGACCACCCAUCAGAUCUGUGGCAGAGCGAAGGAGAGGAGGAGCAUUUCUGCUUUUAUUCCUCCGGGGAGGAAGCUGGUGUGCUUGCAUAUUAAGGUGCUCCAUUGCUCGCACAUGUAAGCAUGUUUUUGUUUGCAUCAGAGAGUCGGCGUGGUGAGGCCUUUUUUUCGACGCUGCAUGAACACACUUUGUCUGACUUCUUAGCUAUCCCAGUGUUGCAGCGAGGCCCCGACGAGUGCCUGAAUGUCAGAGUCCUGUUUUGUAGCUUCGGUACCGGAACCAGGACAGCCGCUAUUCUGAGAUAAACAAAUCAUGACUUUAGGACGGUGCAUUAGCUAGUGUUGAGGCAGAAUAACAGAAUGUUAAAAAGCACUUGAGAACAUGAUUAUGUAUAUUUUUUUUUGUUGAGAUAGGAGACUUUAAUUUUGUCAGGAAGAGAGAGAGUGGAGUCUUGUUAACUAGCGGCCAUAUUUGCCGUGGUUGGAAACACUAAUGAAAGCAGCAGCAGACUGAACUCUCAAUGCAUGGACUCUGUCUCUAACCUGUUCGCCAGUUUCCUCCUUUCCUUUGGUGUAAUGACGUUUAUAACUACUGCACACCCUGACGUAAUAUGAAUGUGCCAAUUUUAAUGUCUCCUCUUUUCUGUCUCUUUUUACGGCUCCGUGUUUCUGAUCUCUUCUCUCUUUCUGGAAAGUGACCAAACCUCCUCCUGAGUUUCUCUCUCUUCUGUCUCUUUCAUUUCCUGCUAUUGUCAGAGUCGCUCUGAAAAAGUGAAAGUGGUAUCGCUGUUUCUCGUCAGUGUAUUGAUGAAUGUCAUGUAGGCUUAUAACUCUGAAAAUGUUUUAUUACAUGUUUUAUAUUAUCAUUAAUAAAUAUGCUUCUUGUAUUUAAAGCUGUGAAAUGCUAAUAAUCUGUUUUUAAAACUUUGCCAAAUCAGUAAAACAUUUAAAUUACA